GAUUAUAGUGAUAAUAGCCAUGACUCGGGAAAUUGCUUGCCGAGCCAUCGAGGGAAGACCAUGAGGUCCACCACUCGAGGAACGCGAGAGGAAUGAGCCAAAAGAGGAGAAUUCAUGAAUUGCCUGUCGUAUCUGGCCGGAAAUUACUUUUACCGUCUGCCAGGCAGCCAAUUCGUAGCUUUCUGUCAGACAUCAACACACGUUCAGAAGUGAAGCGAGUGAAGGGAGAUCACUCAUUGAAGUAUGCCUUGGAGCUAGUGCUUAAGCAUGUCAACACUGGCAGCUGAGAAGCGACACAUGGAACAUCCAGAAUACUUCUCGUUGCCAGGACGAGCUCAGUGCAAGUCCUAUAUGAAGAAGCCUCUCUUUUGUUGAUGUUAACGGCCCAAAGCAUAUGCCAAGAAGUCAUGAACAGAUCUGUCAUCUUUCCUAUUCUGAACGAUGGUUCUGGAAGUCAUGUUAUUCCAAAAGGACGGCCGCAAAGUACAACAAGAGUCAGCAAGAUCCCCUACGAUUAAUAUCUCUGGCGCAUUGGCGGAUUGUAGCUAUCCAGAUAAGCAGCUGUCGUACCAGAAUGCCUAUUUCUUAGAACUUCCACCAACCAAGUCCUCACGUGAAAUCCUUUGUUCAUCCUUACCCGGUUCCAAAGCCCAGACCCUUUCACACCCAAGGACCGGUAGCAAAGCAUCAACAAACCUACGGACGCCAUUGGCCGGGAUAUAUCUACCAGGGGUGUAUACAGGCGUGAAAAACGGAAGGAUGGCCUCGUUAGCCACAAACAGGCAGACCUCCUCGCUGCCUCAAAUAUCAGCAGCGACUACGCAGGAAGAACCAGCUAAUACACACCAGCGCCCUGACCUCUUUCAAACCCGCUGUUUCUUUUUCUAUGGUUCACUUGGUGAUCCGACUAUCCUCACCAAAGUCCUCAGACUUAGGGAUCGACCGGCUCUUCGUCCGGCGACGAUCAUGGAACAUGGGAUGAAGCUGUGGGGCGAGUAUCCGGCCCUCUUGGACGGGCGUCCCGAAAUACCAAUUCACGGAGUCGCGUACGAGGUCCGGUCGCAGGAAGACGAAGAUCGGUUGGUCGAGUAUGAGACAGAUAUGUACCGGAAGAAGGGAUGCUUGAUUGAAUUUAGGGAUGGUUCCAAGGUGCCUGGGGUGACGUUUGUUUGGAAUGCAGAUCCAGGGUUGUUGAGAGACGGAGGCUCUGAGUUGAAGGAUUGGUUGUUCGACCAGAGGGAUAUUGGGGAGUCAUAG